GUGUUGGAGUCCUGUGUUUUGGCUGCGCGUGAUCCUGCGUGGGUCAGGAGGUGUUUCUGAAGAGGCUAAAGAUUAGACUGUGAGGAAAGAAAAUAGAAGCCAUGUUUCGAAGACCUGUAUUACAGGUCUGAAGGAGCAACCAAGGGAAGGCAGUUACAUAGACACAGGGAAUCUGACUUUGGAAUAUGUUCCUGUUGCUGUGUCAGAAAGUCACUCAUGUGGUACUUCGUCAGUUUGUAAGACAUGAGUCCGAAACAACUACCAGUUUGGUUCUUGAAAGAUCCCUGAAUCGUGUGCAGUUACUUGGGCGAGUGGGUCAGGACCCUGUCUUGAGACAGGUGGAAGGAAAAAAUCCAGUCACGAUAUUUUCUCUAGCAACUAAUGAGAUGUGGCGAUCAGGGGACAGUGAAGUUUACCAAAUGGGUGAUGUCAGUCAAAAGACAACAUGGCACAGAAUAUCAGUAUUCCGGCCAGGCCUCAGAGACGUGGCAUAUCAGUAUGUGAAAAAGGGGUCUCGAAUUUAUUUGGAAGGGAAAAUAGACUAUGGUGAAUACAUGGAUAAAAAUAAUGUGAGGCGACAAGCAACAACUAUCAUAGCUGAUAAUAUUAUAUUUCUGAGUGACCAGACGAAAGAGAAGGAGUAGAAAGGAUGAUUCUUCUUUGGCCAUCAUUGGGUACAGUCUCAUUUCUAAGUCAUGUAUAAUCUUUAUCGCUCCCAAGGACAAGAAUUAAAAUACUCUUUUACAUAAAA